AUGACGGAAGAUUCAAAAACUCACUGGGAUGAGUUGUUUUCAAAAUGGGGCAGUAAACUUCCCGGUCUGUCUGAGGAGGAAACUGAAGAAUUCCAGACUGCUGUCAAAGCUGGGAACUUCUCAAAAGCCAUUUCUGUGGUGAAGAAGUCUUAUGAGUUGCUCAGAAAUACAAAAGUCAACAUCGCCAUCACAGAAAUCACGGGCUCUGGAAAGUCGUCUUUCAUCAAUGCCAUAAGAAGCCUGAAUGAUGAUGAGAGUUGUGCAGCUAAAACUGGGGUGGAAGAAACAACAAAGAAGAAAACUUCUUACCCCCAUCCCAUUGACCCAAAUGUGAUUUUGUGGGAUCUACCUGGGAUUGGAUCACCAAAGUAUCCAGCAGAAAGAUAUGUAAAAGACAUGAACCUUGAUAAGUAUGAUUUCUUCAUCAUCAUCGCAGCCGGGCGCUUCACAGAAUUUGAUACCAAACUUGCCAAAGAAAUCAAGAGGAUGGGGAAGAAAUUUUAUUUUGUCCGCUCCAAGGUGGAUGCGGACUUGCAUAAUGAACAACAAAAAAGCAAUUUCUCAGAGGAGAGAACUCUACAGGCAAUCAGAAAUAACAGCAUGAGGUACCUGCAAGAAGCAGGCAUCAUCUCCCCAAAAGUUUUCCUGGUGUCAAGAUGGGACUUUCACAAGUAUGAUUCUCCCCUACUGCAGGAGACUUUUGCAAAUGACCUCGACACUCACAAGAGACAUGUUCUCAUCUGUGUCCUGCCCAGCACCUCUGAAAAAAUCUUGGAAGAGAAACAGAAGGCCCUGCAGGAACAGAUCUGGAAACAAGCCCUGUGGUCGUGCCUUAUCGCUGCUGUUCCUCUGCCAAUUCUCUCGGUUAACUGUGAUGUCUACUUCUUGGUGGAGAACAUGAGGCAGUAUUGCAAGGCCUUUGGCCUGGAUGAUGUUUCCCUCAAAUCACUCGCUAAGCAAGUUGGGAAGUCUGUUGAUGAGCUGAAGUCUGAGAUAAAGUCCCCUCUGGCCAAAAAUAUAACAAGAGAUGAGGCUUUGAAGCGGCUCAGAGAGGCAACAGGGGAAAAUAUGAUGACAAUUAAAUAUUUUAUCAGCCUGAUACCACUGAUUGGUUCUGGGAUAGCAGCAGAGAGAUCUUACAAUGUCACCUAUGAAAUGCUACAUAGGUUUUUGGAUGAAGUUACAGAAGAUGCUCAACGAGUCCUGAAAAAGGCUUUGGAGGGAGCAGAGAAUAACCAAUAA